AUGAAGAAAGAAGACCAGACCAGACCAUUCCGAUCACUGAUUGCUGCUGCUGCAAAAGAUCGAGCUCAAAUUGAUUGGUUCUACGAGAAGCUUUCUGGAAGAUUCAACACCAAGAACCUGGGGGAGAUUCAUAAGAUCCUUGGAGUACGAGUUACGCGAGACAGAAAGCGCCGCACAAUCUACCUCGAUCAAGAACAGUACCUACACGCAGUACUUGACAAGUUUGGAAUGUCUAGCAAACAACACAGAGACAAGAAGAUUCCAUCUGCAGAUUACACUUCAUUUAGGCCAGCCACUGACAACGACACCCGAAUCGACAUCACUGAAUACCAGCAAGCAGACUCCGCAACAAUCAAUCGAUUGACAUGA